CCCACCCUUUAUCCCCGUUUUGCAGCGACCGAAACCCUCUUCUUGUAGACAUUUCAUCAAACACCUAGCGAGCGGCACCGUCCAUGGCGUCCACCCUCGCCAACGCGAGCCUCUCCACCGCGCGCGCCGCGUCGGAGCGCCGAAACCCUGAGACGACCCACCUCCCCCCAGCGAGGCUCGUCCUAUUCCCGCGCGGCGCGGCGCCGUGGCCGGGGCGCCGCUCCGCGCUGGCGCUGGUGGCCCGGAGCGCGCCGUCGACGCCGCCGGAUAUCGCGGCGAAGGUGUCGGAGAGCAUAAAGAAGGCGGAGGAGGCGUGCGCGGGGGAGAACACGGAGGGCGAGUGCGCGGCGGCGUGGGACGAGGUGGAGGAGCUCAGCGCCGCGGCGAGCCACGCGCGCGACAAGCUCAAGGAGAACGACCCCCUCGAGAACUAUUGCAAGGACAACCCCGAGACCGACGAGUGCCGCACCUACGAGGACUGACCCCCUCCUCUCAGAUUCCAAACACUUACAGGGGCUUACUCGCAAAAUUACCCGUGGAUUAAAUCGUCCUUGUUUAGUUGGAAUACACGCAUAUUUACGGGGUUUUGUAUGGGGGUGUUGUGGGCUUUAAAUUAAGUGGUUGGUUGUUAAGGGGCUUAAUUAAUAAUUAGAUGCUACAUAUGGAUUAGUUUUCGUGGUAAUUAAUUUGUAUGUGCUCCUCUAAAGUUUGAAAUAAUUAAAUGGAACUGAGUAGUGACUAGUGAAGCUUUUUUAUUA